AUGAUGAACGGAGGAUGCAUCAGCUGGAAAAGCCAGAAACAACGGACGGUCGCGCUAUCUUCAACAGAAGCAGAAUACAUGGCGCUUUCCGAAGCAACCAAAGAAGCAGUAUGGCUCAAGGUGCUUUUGGGGGAACUUGGUGAGAUGACAAGCGACGAAGCGAUCAAGAUGUAUGAAGACAACCAAGGAUCAAUCGCUCUCGCCAAGAACCCGGAGUUCCAUAAGAGAACAAAACACAUCGACAUACGCUACCAUUUUGUGCGUGAGAAGGUGGAAUCAGGUGAAGUCGUUUUGGAGUAUUGCCCGACUCAAGAUAUGCUGGCAGACAUGAUGACCAAGCCGAUCGCCGCUGUACAAUUUGAAAACAUUCGCAAUCGACUUGGGAUCCAAGGUGCCGCAGCUAACGAGUCGAGAGGGAGUGUUGAAAAGACAGCGGCUGUGAAGAAGACACCUCGUCAAGCUGCGUCAAGUGUUGAAGCAAGUGGAAGACCAAGCUUCGCUAUACCGGUGGGUACCGGUAUGUACCAGUAA